AGAAUAUGGAGAUGCAUGUCAAAGGUAAAAAGUGAAAAAAAAAUGUGGAUAAAUGCAGCAUAAAUAAUCAUCAUCAUUUGCAACAGUGCUACGAAUCACCAACCUGGCUUCAUCUAAAGGUAUUUAAACAAGUAAAGAGUGUAACCGUGGUAACAACAAGCAGAAAACUAUUCACCAUGGCAACUACUGAUGUAGAACGGGAUUAUGAGCUCGAUAUCCGAGUCAACGACGUGAGUCAAACAUUGGUCCGAGGCAGCCUGAACAAAAUAACAAAGAAAAUCAGUUCAAGCAAAAGCUCAUCCAGUGCGAUUACUGUGUAAGUGGGAAGAGUAGUGGUAGCUAUCGUAGGUGGCGAUGAGAAAAAAAAAAUCCGCUGACAAUCAUCAUAGGCCGGUUAAAGAGGAUGAGCACGUGUCACUUGAAUUUGUGGUGGCUACACAGGCACCUAAACAGCUGAUCCAGAGCAUCACCAAAGCAAUGACGAACCACCAUCAUCAUCAUACGAGCAAAAAUGUGGCGGCGCAGCAGCACCAGCAGCCUCUUCAGGUAGUGGGUGUGGCCCGUGUGCCACACAAUGGCGCUGUAGGGAAACGAGAGACCCGACGUUAUAAGCUGGCCAAUCCAAAACAGAUCAAGGGCUGGGAUCUAGACUUGACGGUCGAGCUAUCUUAUACACAAGCAGAAAAGAAAAAGCAGCAGCAACAAAAGCAACAACCACCAUGGACGUACUAUACGCAUACUUCGGGGCUUUCGGAUCUCUCCGCGAGCGAUGACGAUAAAGAUUGCGAUCAUGAGACGCUGCAGCAAGCACGAUCACACUGUCAUCAGGGUGACUAUUUAACAUUCUAUGUACGAGGCAAGACCUUUCCUACAUGGGAGAGGUUCUGGGUAACGCUUCAGGAGAACCGGCUGUGGCUGCGGAAUUUUUCAUACAAGGACCAGCGGGAGCCCAUCGAUAGCAUUCCACUCCAGCAUCUCAGCCGUGUUACCAAGCCAUCCCUUGACGAUCAAGACCGCGUGUGUGUAAGCAGAUCGCAUGGUCUGGUCCUGCAGACGAAACCCGGAGGCAUCGUCAAGGAUGAUGGAGAUAGACAAGAAGAAGACCAGGAGCCGUUGGAAGGAAAAGUGUUUUUGUUUGCGGAUAAUGCCACGAAUGCGCUGCAUUGGCGACGAGCGCUGGCAGCUUAUACAUCGGAUGUUGUUAGUAGUAGUAGUAGUAGUAGCAAACCUUCAGGGUCAGCAACAUCAUCUGCCGCUGCUGCUGCUGCGGUGAUGGCUACAAACGGACCAGGGGUACAUUCAAAAUACGUUUGCUAGACACCAGAGAGAACGAAUAAUAAUUAAAAAAGACACAGUCAAAUCAAAAAAAG